ACAAAAAAAAAAAAAAAAAAAAAAAUUUUAUAUUACGAAUAAUAUAUUUUCGAUAUGUCUUACAGCAACGCUCUUUCGAUGGCACAGAGCCUGAUGGCCAACAUACAGAUAGUGGGACAGGCCCACUUGGCAACUAAGCUGCCGAAAAUAGACGCUGCCUACCGCCUGAUCGGCCCUGCACUCAAGAGUACCACUGGCAAGGUAUUGAUUUCAUUCGUCGUCGGUUACUAUGCCACCAAAACGCUGUCACAGAUUUGCAACAAAAUGCUGGGAUCCAAGCCGACUAACGCAGAUGAACCUGUCGCCUUACGCAUGCCCUUAGAACUCACAUUGCAACAGCUGUCCGAGUUUAAUGGACAGGAUAACAAGCCAACUUACACGGCCUUGAAUGGCAUGAUCUACGAUCUGACAUCGUGCAUGAUAAGCCAAGACGAUGCAAUUCUUCAUCUCAUAGCUGGUUGCGAUGCUGGUCCAAUACUUUCAAAGACAUACAAAUCCAUGGGCGUCUGCAACGUCAACAGCAUGCGCAAUUGGGAGUUGAUGAUUGAGUCCGAGUGCCCAAUGGUUGGUUACUUGGUUGCACCGUUGGACUUUGAGGAAGAUAAUUCCUAUCAGAGUGACGCCGAAGAUGUGUCAACCGUUGUGGAUGCAGCCGAGCCAGUUGGCGACUUUUGAUUGCAUUUUGAUUUUGUUCUUGUUCUUGUUACAAAUUUA